CUACCAUUCUCUGUCUAUACUUUUCUUUUUCUUUGUACCUUCUUUAAUUCAAAAUGUCCGUGUCUUACAUUCCUCGCCUCCCCUCUCGCCUCUCAACCGCAGCCAUGAACACCCGUUUUAAUUCUUCAACUUUCGCCCAGAGCCCCUCCAAACUCGCCCUCCUCUCCCACCACAAACUCCAACAAGAAUCUUCAGCAGAGGAGCCCGACCUCCGCCGCUGUCUGGGGCACAAUGCCGUCCUUUCCAAGACCAUGACCGCUGCCCGCAGAGAUGUCAGCUAUCACCGCAAGUCUUCUCGCUUCUCCGAAGACAACGGAGUCGACGGGUACAUCAGCAGAAAAGAGGGCCAGGGCAGUGUAGUCCGGGCACAACUUGCUAAGGCUGUGAGGGGGUGGAUUCGCAGACGGUCGAUGGUGGAUGCGAAUGCAAAGACUAUCAAUACUACUAUCACUGCUACUGCGCCAACUACCACUGCGGCCAAGACGCCUACUACCACUACCACUACCACUACUACUCCGAACAGCAAUGCGCUGGCUCGCGUUGCGGCAAACAACAGCCGGGAUACCGAAAACAAGUGGAGCACGUUCUCCAGUCUCAAGAGACUCGUGUCUGGCCGGAAAUUCUGGGCCCAGCCGGUGUUGAUGCAAACUACUGCUGGUUGACUAGUGCGGGUCUUCUUACUAUUCUUUUGUGAUUGUGAAGGAGCGGUUCAGCGAGCGAUUGAGCAGUUUACGAGUAUACGAACACUAGAGCCAGGGGAAGUCUACACACUAUAUCUUAGAAACAAUCUAGACCAUCAUCCACCCCCAU